GGGGCGGGGCAGCUGCGCGGGUGGGCGGAAGCGCGGCGCCCACGUGGUUCCUGCAGGGAGCCGCCGCCGGGUCCCGAACCGACCGGGACCGUGGGGGUCCAACGGGGCGGAUCCGAGCGGGGUCGGGCCCAGAGGGACCGUGAUAGGGACCGGGACAGAGCGGGGCCGGUGCUGACCGCCAUGGAUCCGCUGCGGGCUCAGCAGCUGGCGGCCGAGCUGGAGGUUGAGAUGAUGGCCGACAUGUACAACCGGAUGACCCAGGCGUGCCACCGCAAGUGCGUCCCUCCGUUCUACAAGGAGUCGGAGCUGUCCAAAGGGGAAUGUGUGUGCCUGGACCGCUGCGUGGCCAAGUACCUGGAAGUGCACGAGCGGAUGGGCAAGAAGCUGACGGAGCUGUCGCUGCAGGACGAGGAGCUGCUCAAGCGAAUGCAGCAGGGCAGCGGCACCGCCUGAGCCCCCACCCAUCACCCCAAUAAACCUGGGCGUCUGCUGUGCUCCCCUCGCCCCCCAAACUCA